AUGGCUGUGCCCAACUCGUACUUCGUGCCAGGCUUCGGCAUCUCAAGAGCCGUUAUUCAGAACGAGAUACGCUAUCAUUGCGGCCCGGAUGCGAUUGUUCGGCCCUACACCUUCCAGGCACAAAUCGAUGACCUAAAGAUGUCUUCCUUGGAAUACGAGGAGAAGCAGUCUCGCAUCGCCGACGAAUCCCACGUCUUCGUAAACGCACCUAUCCCAAUAAACCAACGCAUAAGACGAAGUACAUGA